UUGUCUGAAUCAAACACAUUUUGUUUUAUAAUUUCAAAAUAGAAAGAAAAAAAUAAUUACAAAUAAACUUGUUAUGUUUAGUUUUUCUUUCCCUCUCUCUCUUCAAACAUAUUCACUCACUGUUCCAAUGUUCUUUUCUUUUGAAGAAAGCCGAUUUAGGGAUUCAAAGGAUGGUCGGGACGAAAGGGAAGCGAACAGGCCAGCAACUUAUGAUUCCGGCAACGAGAGGAGAAACCACGAGGUAAGGGAGAUGACCACAGUGUAUGGGACCAUGAUGGUUACUUGAAAAUGGAGGCUGAGCCGCCACCACAUGUGAGGAACAGACCUGCGUUUAGGGAGAAGAAGAUUCCAGUGACGACUGACAAUCCUGACAAAGCAGCUGUGGAACCUCCAACGUCAAGCCAUUCUGGUCGUCCUGUGUACAUCAGUGAAAGUAGGGAGGAAAGAGACCAUAACCCUCGCCAUAUAGACAGGUCUGAAAGGCCAGCUGCUGGAAAUAGAGGAGACAUGCUGAGGGGUGGCCUUCCAUCAAGAGAAAGAUAUGGUGGUGGAAAUUAUAGGGGAAGAGGGAGAUUCAGUGAGAGGCAAGGUCAUCGCCCAAGUGGUAUGCAAGGAGAGAAAUGGAAGCAUGAUUUGUUUGAUGAUGCUAACAAGAGUCCGACCACCAAGAACGAAGAGGAUCAAAUUGCGAAAAUCGAAAGACUCUUGGCUUCAUAGGAAUACAGAGGAUGGCGUGAAGUUUUUGAUCUGCAUAAUGUUAGUGCCCGUUGUGUUUCUUAAUCAGAUCAAGACGUUAAUUUUUCUUUUCUUUUUUUGUGUUGGCGUUUCCCCCUAUCAAGAUUUAAAUGUUGUGCGAACGCCCUGCUUAUGGCUCAUAUAGUUUUGAGCGCAUUUUGGAGACGUUUACUGUACCUUCUCAUUUUUUUUUCCUGGCCUUAAGGGGGAUUUGAACUCGAGAUCCUUGGAAAAGGUACACAACCGCUGGUGGCGCGGCAAGCAUUUCACUUGUACACGGUCAUUUAUUAAAAUUGUGGUAAAAAACAUUUGGUAA